AUGGCCGACCAGCAGUCGCAGUCGCAGCAGGUGCGCGUCCAGCUCACCACCCGUCAGCCCGACGUCGCCAUUGCCCAGGACCCGGGCCCCAUUCUCGUCUCUACCAACCUCCGCCGCUAUGCCCUGUCGACCCUCGUCAACGACCUGCUCGACAACGACCGCCCCAUCCCCUUCGAGUUCCUCAUCAACGGCCAGUUCCUGCGCUCCUCGAUAGACGACUUCCUCACCGACAACGGCAUCUCCGCCGAAACCACCCUCGCCGUCGAGUACGUCCGCGCCCUGAUACCUCCGCUCCACGUCGCCUCGUUUGAGCAUGACGACUGGGUCGCCGAUGUCGAUGUCUUGUCGCGGAAUUCCCCUGCCGGCCGCUGGGCCUCUGGCGCCGUCGCCGAGGGGCAAGAGAGGAUACUGUCGGCCUGCUACGACGGGCUGCUGCGCAUCUGGGACCCAGCCACCUCCGACGUGAUAGCUACGUCCCCGGCUGUCGGCGGCCACACGUCGUACGUCACGUCGGCCAAGUUCGUCAACGCGACGACGCUGGUGUCGGGCGCCGCCGACCGGUCCCUGCGCGUGUGGAACUACAACGAGACGACGGACGGCGCGAACAAGGCUUCCCUGACGCCCACGCUGGAACUCUACGGCCACAAGGCCAGCGUCGACGCCCUCGCCGUGCAUGCGCCCUCUUCCCGCAUCCUCUCCGCCUCUGCAGACAACACCGUUGGCGUCUGGAGCACGAGCGCCACAAACGCUCCCGCCGCCCCAGCCAACCUCCUCCCGACUGCCUCGGCGCAGGCCAACAAGCGGCGGAAGCUAGGACCGAAGGGCCAAGCCAGCGGCAAGCCGGCCGCGCAGCGGGGCGCGCUACAGCUGCUGCACGGGCAUAGCGCGCCCGUGUCGAGCGUCGUGUUCAAGCCUGGCGACGCGACGGUGGCGCACUCGGCGUCGUGGGACCACUCGCUGCGGACGUGGGAUCUUCCGACCGGAACCUGCGUGGAUACGCGCACGCUGGCGCAGCCGCUGCUCUCGCUGGCCGCGAUGCGCGACGUCAACCUGCUCGCGACGGGCACGAGCGCCCGGCACAUUACUUUGGUGGAUCCGCGGGUGGACGCGCGCACCGUGGCGGCGCUGACGCUGCGCGGGCACAGCAACGCCGUGGUCGCGCUGAGCGCAGCGCCCGAUAGCGCGUUUGGGCUUGCGAGCGGAAGCCAUGACGGCACGGUGCGGCUGUGGGAUGUGCGGAGCGUGCGGCCGUCGGAGGACGGCAAGGGCCAGGUCGGCGACCCCGUGUACAGGAUCACGCGGGAGAGCGUGGGCGAUGGCGCGGAUUCGGAGCGCAGGGUUGGUGGCGAGGGCGUCAAGGUGUUUGGGGUUGUGUGGGAUGCCGACGUCGGGGUUGUCAGUGCGGGCGAGGAUAAGAGGGUCCAGGUUAAUCGGGGAGAGGGUGUUGGUGCAAGGGAAUAG